UCCACAUCCAUCCCUACUACUACUCACUCUCUGCCCGUGUUUUGUCCUUCCUUUACCCCAACCCACCACUCCCUCCCCCUCACAUUCGUUUCUGACAUAUUAAUCCACUCGAAUCCACCAUGUCUUUGAAAGACGUGUACCAGCGCUUUCUGGCUAACCCAGCCUCGGCGCCCCUGGCCUCCAAUGCGUCCUUGAUCUAUAUCACCACCACCACCAAGCUGGAUGGCGCAUCGGCCGUCGUCAGCCACCUCACCAAGCAGCAGAGAAUUGUCAAGACCAGGUCGGAAAACGUUCUGGAUGUGAUUGAGAGCGCCAACUCCCUCUGCUUGGACAUUGAAACUACCCUGGAGUUUGUGUCUGGAGGCGGGGCCUAUCUUCCCUCGCUGGACGAUAACUUCCUGGCUGACCACGUCGCGACUUUCCCCACGGUCCAUAUCGUUCGCUUCAAUUCGCAGAAUCAGAUCCAAAAUGUCCGAAUCUACUGGGACCAAGCGUCGCUACUGAAACAAGUCGAAGUUAUCGGAUCCCGUAGUCGCGGCUGGCCGAUUCGCGAACCCAAGGAUCAGAUUCGCCUGAUCAAGUCCGCUAUUUCCUCCAACCCAGUUGACGACGGACCUGCGUCUGCAUCAUUCCCUGCAACAACCGAGAGCAACGAGGAACGUAGCAAGAAGGGUUCCCCCGGAAAGAGACACAUCAAGGAUCCUCACGCCGCUGAGUCACUCUUUGAGCUCCUCUCCCCUGAAAAGGACCGGAGCGAGCCAGUCCGCGCACCUCGUGCUCCUGCAUCUGCAAAGCCCCCACCCCGCGACCCCAAGGAAAUCUUCCACGAAGACGCCGAUAUUCCCGACACGCCGUCUCGGAGUAGGAUCGCUCCCAAAGCUGGUGCCAGCAAGAACUUCCAGCGCUCCCGUAUCUUUGAUGAUGAUGAAACCGUCGCUGCGGAAGGUGGUCACGAGCAGAUUGCCUAUCGGGCUAACCCGAAGCGAUAUGAUCACUUUGAGCUCGGUGGGGACAACAGUGAGAGGGAGAUCAAGGAAAAGCCCAGUCGUCCUGUGUCGCGCCAGGCGCCUCACUGGGACUUUGACGAUUUUGUGACGCCCGAGAAGCCCAAGCGCCCCCUUCGUGGAGAGCAAAUCCGUCACUUUGGCUGGAGCGAUGAUGAGCCGGACCUCACUUCGCCUCCGGCCCAUCCCCCGGUGCACCGUCCCCGUCGCGAUGCCGAAACCCACUUUGUCCUGACAGACGACCCCGCCGAGGACAAGAACGCCCCUCGUAUCAUCAGUUCCUUCCAGAACAAGGGACUGAGUCUCUAUAAGAACCAUCUAUUCCAAGACGAAGAGGAAGCCGCUGACGAGAACGCCCCUCUGUCUGUUGUCAACAACGGCCCCAACCGCAAGAAGGACUACGAGACCCACUGGAACAUCACCGCCGAGUCGCCCCAGAGCAGCAAGGUCAGCAGUGAGAACGUGAAGCCUGUUGGCGGAGAUCGCCAGAAGGCUCUCAAGAACAUGCAGUCGUCCUGGGAUGACCCCGAGCAGUCGCCGGAGAAGGCGGCACCUCCUCAGCGUCGCGCUAUGCGUCAUCUUAACCAGCGCAGCUGGGAUAUGGGAGAGAACUGAAUGAUGUAUUCCGAUCAUUCAAUGAGCUGAACGUCUACACCCACCUGUCUAUCAGAUUUACCGAACACUGGGCCUCCGCUCCUUACUCAAGUACUACAAUUCAAACAGCGACGUCAAGUCUUCCACAUCAUGUUUCACUGAAGAGCGCACCCAAAAAAGCCUGCAUAUGAUACUUAUUUCCCCGCCGUGAACGAUAGCAGAGUCAACGCAUG